UUUAUCUCUGGGCCCAUGCCAGCAGGGAAGGUUUAAAUGGCACCCAGCAGUUGGCGUGAGGGGCUGCAGGAGCUUGGGGGCCAGUGGCAGGAACAAGUCUUUUCCGACCCGAUGGAGCUGUAUGAGACAUCCCCCUAUUUCUACCAGGAGCCCCACUUCUAUGAUGGGGAAAACUACCUUCCUGUCCACCUCCAGGGCUUCGAGCAACCGGGCUAUGAGCGGACUGAGCUCAGCUUAAGCCCUGAAGCCCGAGGGCCCCUGGAAGAAAAGGGACUGGGGACCCCUGAGCACUGUCCAGGCCAGUGCCUGCCGUGGGCGUGUAAGGUGUGUAAGAGGAAGUCUGUGUCUGUGGACCGGCGGAGGGCAGCCACGCUGAGGGAGAAGCGCAGGCUCAAGAAAGUGAAUGAGGCCUUCGAGGCACUGAAGAGGAGCACCCUCCUCAACCCUAACCAGCGGCUGCCUAAGGUGGAGAUCCUGCGCAGUGCCAUCCAGUACAUUGAGCGCCUACAGGCCUUGCUCAGCUCCCUCAACCAGGAGGAGCGAGAUCUCCGCUACCGAGGCGGGGGUGGGCCCCAGCCCGUGCAGGUGCCCAGUGAAUGCAGCUCCCACAGUGCCUCCUGCAGCCCAGAGUGGGGCAGUGCACUGGAGUUCGGUCCCAACCCAGGAGAUCAUCUGCUCGCAGCCGACCCUACAGAUGCGCACAACCUGCACUCCCUGACCUCCAUCGUGGACAGCAUCACAGUGGAGGAUAUGUCUGUUGCCUUCCCAGAUGAAACCAUGCCCAACUGAGAUGGUCUCCCAGGCUGGGUGUCCAUGUGAGCCCCCAAGUUGGUGUCCAAGGCCACCAGUUCUGCAACAGGGGCCUUUUAAGUGGAGUUGUCCUACAGCUCUGGGGCUGCCACAGGCCAGACUACCCACUCCCCAUUCAUAGAAGGCUAACACCCAGCCCAGCAAGGGAAUGGAUGCCCUCACUUAAAUGGCUCCUUAUAGCAAGGAGCAUCCACUUCCAAGGAGAGAAAGACGGAGUUCA